UCGAUGACGAUCGAUGGUUCACUUGACCCCAGGCCCAGCUCCUUUUCACGUGCGCGCCGUGCGGGGAGCUCCCCAUGGCUCCCUCACCACCCAGACGGCGCCUCUUCGCUCUGUCCCCGCUGCCGCCGCCCGCUGGUAAGCACAAUUCGUUCAACACAUUGCACCAGGUGCAGCCUGCUCUCCAGUGCUCACCCGCGACUUUCGGUUCCCUCGGAAGUGCCGUGCUGCCGCAUGACGUGAACGCAUGCGCUUCGUCCACGCACGGUUUCACAGCAGCCUCCUUCCAAUGCAGGCACACGACACUUUUAGAUUUCCAUUAGACCUUCUGCAUCGAUAACACCAUGGCCGACCGGCCUAGAAACCUGCAUCCCUCACGCUCCUUCACGCGCCUCGACUCUGCCCCAAAGAGCCCCCUCUCGCGCAGUCGAGCGAGUACGCUGCAAGGACCGAAUGCGUCAGAUAUGCUCGAUCCGCUCAAGGCUGCCAUGGUGCCCGAGGAAGACGAGAACCCCGACGGCGACGUGUUUGCGAAGAAGGAAGACAAGGACGAGGCCCAAGACAGCGAAGAGCCCAAGGUGCCGGACACUUUCGAGGAGCUGCCCAUCGAGAUUCGUAGCUUGACCGAGAGAUUCCUCGAGUCCCUCACAGCCAAAGUACAUCCUACACCUCUGUCCGCCGAAGCUCUCGCCGACCUCUUCCAAGACUUCUACGGACGCGCCUCCGCCAAAAUAAGCACACACAUAGCCACCCUCUCUGCUCGUCUAACGAGUGACAACUAUGUCGCGAAUGCGAAGAAAGCGUCGGCUUCAUCGAGCAAACCAUCGUCGAUACGAAAAGGAAGCGACCCGUCAGGGGAACAACAAAUGCUCAGUGCCACUGAAAUGGCCGACCGCAAGAAAGCGCGCAGAACGCUCGAGCUUAAGCGGUUUGCACUGGAAGAGGCCGUGGAGCGCGCUGUAUGCGAGAAGGUCUACCAGAGGAUAUGGCGGCACAGGAGUACUGAUGACGAGGAAAGGGAUCAUAAACUCAGAUCACGCACAGCUGCUCUCUCCCUCGUCGGUAUCGGCCUAAAAGAGCUCUUGAUGACUGGCGAAGAGUUGACCGAGGAAGAGCGCCAGAAAGCCAAGGAGAAGGAGCCCGAGAUUCGCGAGUACCUGUCUGCAGCACGCGAAGACAUCCUGAAGAUGAACGAGGAGAAGUACCCGCUGGGCAAGGUCCAACAUUUGACUGCUGCACACAAGUCCAUUGUCGAAGCUCUGUCCAAGAUAUUCCCUUCGACCUCGUCUGCUGAUGAGAUCCUGCCAACGCUCAUUUACGCCCUUAUUACUAUGCCACCUGUCAACUUGAACGUAAUUAGCGAUCUAAACUUCAUCCAUCGUUUCCGCGGUUCAACUCGCAUGGAUGGUGAGACUGCAUAUUGCUUGGUUAAUCUCGAGGCAGCCAUUUCAUUCCUGGAAACCGUCGAUCUUUCUUCUUUGCGCGCCGACGAAGUCACUCACGCAAAACCAGACUCCAGACCUUCAACUCCCAAAUCCGAGAUCACUCCAAUGUCUCUGGGCCUUUCGGAUGCGCCAGAUCUCAUCCAGACCCCAGCCACGCCCACCUCCAAGACAAUCCCCAAAGAACCUUCCAGUCCAACGACGACCAAAGCUCAGCGUCGCUUGAGUAACCUCAUUCAAACACAAACCAACAAGAUCGAGGCUGCCUCUGAUGCCGUUCGGGAUUCGAUUCUUGACUCUGCUGACCAGGCACUUGGGAGAAUCAACAACACGUUGGACACUAGCUUCAAAUUCUUCUUUGGUGGUCUAAAAGAGAAGAAUCCCGAUGGCCCUGUGCAAGAACAACCAGUGCUUCCCAAGACACUGGAAGACGCAAGGAAGCUCGUGAGCUCCCCAACUCGUGCAGAGCGUGAUGAAGACAACUUGAGUGUCAGUGCAGCAAGUUCAGUGCAGGGUGAUGAACCAACAGAGGCCCCAAUCAGCAGAGGACUAGACGCGAAGAUGGCUGAUCUCUUCGCUGGUAGGAGGCAAAUUAGAGAUCGCAGCGUCGAUUCUACCAAGUCCGGCGGUAGCAACAGUGGGCGACGCGUUGCGUUCGCCCCAGGCCAGAGCGUAGAGGAGAAGACACCCUCACCAGCUCCGAUCAAGGCAGAUCCUCCAACGCCGAGCAACACGUCCGCGGUAGAUUCUCUGCGGAACAUGGGCAACAACUUUAACCCUUUAAACCGGUUUCCCAGCAUGAAUGUACUGCCUCGCUUUGCGCGCGCUGUAAGUAGUAACAGCACACCUGUUCUCCCCUCACCGAGCCAGGAACAGGUGAAAGCAUCGCCUUCUCCAGAACCACUCAGUCGUACAGCCACGAACGAGUUACCACCAGUAGAUGAAAAGGGUGCGAGAGCAAUUGCUGCUUUGGAGCAACUGAAGAAGACCACGCCACCAGCAAAGCGCUUUCUAGAAGCCAAAGAUGCUCAGGAAUUGAAGCUGAAGGAGGUUGACGAGCUUUUGAAAGAGUAUCAAAGAUUGGCUGGUGCAUUACGGGGAGCAAUUAACUAUUGAAACAUAUGACAUAUUUGAUAGCGAAGAUUUGCAUAAACGUUACAAAACAGAAAGCUUCGGUCACACAUUUGGUUUGUGUGGAUUUCAGU